AGUCACAACGUUGAAAUGCUUGAGUGGAGUUUGUUUUUGGAUUUGGACUUUUUAGGAAAUACCUUUCUGUGCUAAGAUGGCUUGUUGUCCUCAUUUUAUGUCUAAAGUUGCUCAAUUCAACGAAACAAGAAACAACGCAAGUGAUAAUCCACGAGAAUUGGAUAUGCCGAUCGGUCGUCGUGGUCUUAUCGUACCCCAAAAUACUUUCUUAGAAGACGUCAUACGACGAACUGGUGACCUUCAUGAGAGCUUUAUGGUUGGAAGUGCAGAGAUAGCAGGCUAUCCCGUAGUAUACUGCAGUAAUGGAUUCUCUCAGAUGACUGGAUUCAAGCGUUCUGAUGUGAUGCAGUCUAGUUGUGACUGCAGAUUUCUUUACGGCUCAUCUGUGAAGAAGAGUGCUGCUGAAGAAAUCCAGAAUGCUUUGCGAAUGAAAAUAACUUGUCAGGUUGAGUUCAUUGGAAGAAAAAAAGAUGGAACACCAGUAUGGUAUCUGUUCCACGUUGCUCCAAUUGAGAAUGAAGAAAAUACAAUUGUACUUUUUCUCAUUACCGUCAAAGAUAUAACUGAACUGAAAGAGCCUAUUGUUGAAAACGAUGCCGUUCAAAAGUGGUCGAAAUUGAAACAAACCAUUAAGUCAGAUCGUAGUGCAUUCGUAGUUGCUUUUACUAAAACGAAGGAGGAAAAAAAUAAGAUUCGUAUUGCGCAGUUGAGAGUUCACAAUUCAGAUUUCAUUCUCCAAUACAAGCAGCAGAUACCAAAACCUCCUAAAUGGGUGAUAUUGCAUUACUCUAGUCAAAAAGUUAUCUGGGAUUGGUUUGUACUUCUUUUUAUCCUUUAUACUGCAUCUGCAGUUCCAUUUGCAUUCUGUUUUGAUUACGACCCCUUGCCGAUGACCAUCUUUGACAUUUUGGUGGAUGUGUUUUUUAUUGUGGAUAUUGCGGUGAAUUUUCACACGUCAUACCUUGGUCAGGACGGUGAAGUUAUCACUGACCUCAAACAGAUUCGACGUUACUAUCUUCGAACUUGGUUUGCUGUGGAUCUCAUCACUUCAUUACCCUAUGGACUGAUGUUGUUAGUUAGUAGUAGUAACACAUUUGUGCAGCUCAUCAGCAUCUUUAAGUGCAUUCGUCUUCUUCGAGUGAGUCGUGUUACGCGAAAAAUGAAUCAAUUCAUCAAUUAUGGUUUCGUUACAUUGAUCCUGUGUCUGGUCGUAUUCCUUCUUUGCGCUCAUCUAAUGGCGUGCCUUUUCUACCUCAUUGCUCGUUCCUAUGACAACUUUCACGAAGUUGGUUGGGUCGCCACACUUGCUAAACAAACAAAUCAACCUUUCAACACAACUGAGGGUAAUCGUAUACUGCCAUCACUCGCGUCUUUGUACGUUUCUGCUUUGUAUUAUUGUUUGACGAGCUUGACGACAAUUGGCUUUGGAAACAUAUCUCCAAACACGACGGCUGAGAAAAUUUUUGGCAGCAUAUGUAUGAUAGUUGGAGCUCUAGGUUACGCUGUCAUCUUUGGUCAAGUAACAGCCAUUGUACAGCAAGCUCAAAAAAAAUCCGAAAAAUAUCAUUCACUUUUGGUUAAUAUUAAAUCAUUUCAAAAACUUUAUCGAGUUCCAAGUGACCUUUCCGCUAGAAUUCUUGACUAUUUUAUGUCGACAUGGGCUCUUAAGAAAGGUGUUGAUACUGACGAGGUGCUGAAGCAAUGUCCCAAAGAUUUACAAUCUGAUAUUUGUAUUCAUCUCAAUCGGAAGGUGCUGUACAGCAAUCCAGCGUUCAGCUCGAUGCCAAUGAGUGUCUUGCGCACUAUUGCAAGGAAUUUUUGCAUUUGUCACGUGGCUCCUGGGGAUCGCGUUAUACACGAAGGUGAAAGUUUGGAUGUUUUGUAUUUCAUUAGUCACGGGACAUUUGAAGUAAAACAGGAUGGUCACGUGGUUGGCUUACUUGGUCAAGGUGAUGUCUUUGGCGAUGACGUUUGUAACGAAGUGACUGUCGGGAAAUCUAUCGCUGACGUAUGCGCUCUUACGUACAGUGAUUUACAUUGUAUCGAUAGGAAUGACUUACGAGAUGUGUUUAUGACGUAUCCGGAGUCUGGGGUUGAAUUCUCCAGCCACCUCACAUUGGCGUUUAACUUGAGAUAUCAGAUGAAUCGAAAGGAUCGUAAUUCAGUGUUGCAGUCUGUCCAGGAUAUUGACUCUUUCGAAAGUACUUCGCUUUCUAACAGAGCUAUGCGACACAUGACACCAUCUGCUGGACGCGGUCGGAGGCUCAGUUUAAUUCAAGAACUUAACCAGACCAUCGAUUUUGAGUCAUCUGCCGGCGACGGUUAUUCACUUGACAGUGGAAGUGUCCACGUUAAAAACUCGAGACGACCUGUCCGGGUAUCCACUGCGGUUAUUGAUGAAGAAAAUGAAGUUGAUUUGUACGAGCAGCUACCUGAGGAGAAUGGGAACGAGGAAGCCUUUUAUCAUGCUGAAAUAAAAGACAAUGAGCGUAUUUAUUGUAACAUGAUUAAAAAAUUCACAACUCAAGAAAUUGCUAAGUUGCGCAGUGAAAUGAACAAAACAAUAUGCGAAAUUGACUCGAAAUUUUCUCGCGUUGAAAAUCAGCUUGCUUUACUUAUACGUAUGGUACAAAGCCAGAAACCUAAACCAGGGCUACCACCCAGACAUUCACAGAGUUUUCCUGGGCCUACCACGUCAACCUAUGAGAAAGAUGACGGCCUGCGCGUAAAAGACCCCGAUUCUCGUUUGAUAGACAAUGAUUCUCAAAUUGAAAAUCACACUUUAUCAUUUGUAAACAAUGCCUCUGGUAAGGUGAACCAAAUCUCACCUAGCUGGUUGUUACCGUCUCAAGCACGCAGUAGUCGACCGAAUUCUCAACCUAACAGCCGGGCUGCAUCACCACAAUCGAGACAUAACCGCAGUGUGUCGCCAAUAUCUAACAUUGCCCGUCAUGGAAGAAGAAAAAUUAGCAAUGCAUGAAGAAGUCUAUCCUGUUGGGUUUGCUUUGACAGUUGACGAGUGACAUUGAUUUAUUGCAAAAAUGAUGGAAUAGUUCUAUCGGGAUAUGUAAUGUCUCUCAUGAAACAUCAGUUGAUAUGUUAAAUGUAUCUCAUGAAACAUCAGUUGAUAUGUUAAAUGUAUCUCAUGAAACAUCAUUUGAUAUGUUAAUGUAUCUCAUGAAACAUCAGUUGAUACGUUAAAUGUAUCUCAUGGAACUUCAGUUGAUAUGUUAAAUGUAUCUCAUGGAACAUCAGUUGAUAUGUCAAAUGUAUCUCAUGAAACAUCAUUUGAUAUGUUAAUGUAUCUAAUGGAACAUCAGUUGAUAUGUUAAAUGUAUCUCAUGGAACAUCAGUUGAUAUGUCAAAUGUAUCUCAUGAAUAUGUUAAUGUUUCUUGUGAAUUUUAGUCAAUUAUCAAUUACCGACAGUCGUAAUUGACAAGCCAUGCCUAACCCAAAUGUACCUUUUAUGUUUUUAACACCUGUCUAGCAAUUUGCAAUAUUUUAUGAACAUUGAAAAGAACCGUCUUUUUAAUUAUUAACAUUGAAGUUUCGUACAUUUAAAAUAACAUCAAUAAUUAAAUAAAACGACGCCAUUCAAAAAAUAUGAAAAUUAUGUUGAUGGCACAAAAAUUAUGAUUAUCGAAGUUGUGUAAAAAUUUACCAAAAUUGUUGAAUAUACAGCAUGAAAUUAGUUUAUAUUUUUGUCAUUUUUUAGAUUAACAUUUCCACAAACAAUGAACAAAAUGUUUUUAGAAAUGCAAAAUAAUGCCAGUACUCUAUAAGGAACUUUAUAAAGGCACGUUGUUCCUUCCAAAUUAAGCGUUCCAUCUCUAAUAGUGGAGCGUUUGUUGAGAACAACAUUUCAGAAUCUAGAUCGCCUUCUUCUUUUGUAUUCUAUACAUUACAAACGGCAUCCCUCGCUCAGCUGUAUUAUCAAGUUUUUUGUUCGUACAUAUUGUAACUAUGUUAUAUAGAGAUGAUUUGCUUCGUGUUUAAGUUAGUAAAAGUAACAAAGAUUGGUUACACCAUGAAACGAAUAAUUUUGCAUGAUAUACAAGUGGAAGCACACUUGUCUGGAAUCUGUAUAUAAAAUAAAUGUUCUAUAACAAUAAAACUAUUAUUUCUACCUACA